CGCCAUUGUUUUAGAUCUAGACACUCAUUUUUUUUGUGUGUGUGAUUUGAGGAUUGGUUAAUGGUGCUGCUUUUCCUGCAAUAUCGAGCAUGACAGAGCGCUUCUAUUGCUGCUUCUGCAACUUUAGUACUUGUUUAGUACUUAAAAUCUUAAUUGUGUCCCAACUGAUGUUUCUGCAUAUAUGUAAUUUACAGUAUGGAACGUCAGUAUCUCAAUUUCGGAGGACAAAGCUCUCAGAGACAACCGUUUUAUGUUUCUGAUCAAUUUCUACAUCAGUUUGCUACAUCCCAACAGAAUUAUGAGUACCCUAGCAGUCAGGAGGUGCAAAAUUCUUCACAGUACAAUUUUGUUAUGCCAACACAACCAUUGCCAUCCCCUACACAAGCAUAUUCUAGGACUACUGGAGGUGAUGAUCAGGACAUAGAGGAAGUUCGCCGUCCAACAACCAAAAGAAAGGGCAAGGAGAAGGAAGUUCCUCGGAGGGGUAGUAAUUUUUCCAAGGAAGAGGAUGUUGUCUUAUGCUCUGCAUGGCUGAACGUCAGCAUAGAUCCCAUAAUAGGAGCUGGACAGAGUCAAGGAGGUUUCUACAAAAGGAUGCAUGAGUACUUCAAUGCGAACAAGCCACAAGGUAGCACAAGAAGUCAAAAUGCUAUACAAAACAGAUGGCUGUUGAUCCAGAAAUGUGUUAACAAGUUCUGUGGCAUAAAGUCUGCUAUUGAUCGGAGGCAUGAGAGUGGUAAGAACGAGGCAGACAGGAUUGAGGAUGCAAUCAACAUGUACGAAAGGAAGGAACCAUUCCAGUUCCUUCACUGCUUGAAAAUUUUGAGAGACCAAGCAAAAUGGAACGACAAGCUACUGGAGCUCAACAAUAAUGGAGGGAAAAACAAUGAAGACAAUGUGGCUGAACUAGGUUGCGAGGGCGAACUUCCAUCUGAAAACAAUGUGCAUGAUAGGCCAGAGGGUCGAGAUACUGCCAAACGUAGAAGCAGAAGGGAUUCUAAAUCAUCUGCCAGCACUGCAUUUGAAGUCCUACAGUGCAUACAUGACAACAGGGAGAAGAGCCAGCUGAAAGAAGAGGAACAACUACAACAAAUUUUGAAUAGGAAAGAUGAGAAGUUGAACCUACAAAGAGCGGUGCUCAAAGUCCAGAUGGACGCCAUAGAGUUGAAAAAGCAAGCAAGAGAGGAGGGCGUGGAACGAAAGCCUCCCCACUUGCGCUUUCGUGCAACCAGCGACAGAGCAACGGCGGCGGAGAUCUCAUCGUCAUCAUCCCUUGGAUCAGCAUUACUUCCAUAA